AUGGGAAUAUGGAAAAGCAAGGAUUUUACCAUCACGAUGGUAAUAGUGGCAAUGGGCUGGACAGAAUUUUAUGGUAUUUUGACAUAUUACGCUAUGCAGUACUUCGAAGAUGUCCUGGGCUAUACGCCUUUGAGAACUACUGCGUGUUUCUUAACCAUGACCAUCGUGGCCGUGAGUGCUAAUGUUGUGGUGGCAUUUACAUUUCAUCUUGUGUCAGGGCGAAUUUUUAUGGUGAUAGGAGGUCUGGGUUUUCUGGGCGGUGCUAUAGUAUGGGAGACAAUGGACAUACACAGGUCAUAUUGGCUUGGUCCGUUUUGGGCCUUCAGUUUCACUGUGAUUGGUGGAGAUAUUUCGUAUAACGUGGCAAAUAUGGUGACUUUGAGCUCAGUCUCUAGAGAGCUGCAAAGUUCGGCUUCGGGUGUCUUCAACACCGUCAUGCAGUUUGCCGGGAUAAUUGGACUUGCCAUAUCCAGUGCUUUGGUAGGUGCAAGAAACCCGUAUUACGGCACACCAGAGCAGGAUCAGCAUAUUCCAGAGCUCUUCGAUGGGUUCAAAAACGCCUAUUUGCUGGCCAUUGGUUGUGGUUCCGUGGCCGUUUUCUUGGCAUGUUUCUUGAAAGUAGGUAAAUCCGGGGCAUCCGCAUGA